AUGCCUGAUAUUCGACCAAUCUGUCCGGAGCUGGCCCGCAAGGCCAGGGACGAACUGCACGAGGUACCGGAACGGCUGGACGACGAUAUCGCAGCGCUGCGUGCUUGGCUUGCCAAGUGCCCGCACAUAAAAUCCCGCACAGAUGACCAGUUUCUGGUUACUUUCCUGCGAGGUAGCAAGUACAGUUUGGAACGUGCCAAAGAAAAGCUGGACCUGUACUACAGUGUGCGGUCGGCUUUACCGGAACUAAUGCGUAACCGUGACCCUUUCGAGCCGAAAAUGGCCACCCUCAUGAGACUGGGCAGUGCGAUUCCACUGCCAGAGACAGAAACUUCGGACGGACCUCGUAUUAUACUUAUUAGACCUGGUGCAUACGAUCCUGAAAAAUUUUCGAUUCAGGAUGUAUUCAAAUUCAAUUGUAUGAUGGGUGAGGUUAUGAUGCGAGAAGACGACAAUGUGGGUAUUGCAGGACAAAUGGGAAUCAUUGAUUUGGCUAACACAACGAUGGCACACUUUUUACAAUUUAAUCCCACUUUUGUGAAGAAAGUUACAAUGUUGAGCCAAGAGGCUUCACCGCUACGCUUGAAGGGAUUCCACUAUAUAAAUACUCCAACAGGAUUUGAAACUGUGUAUAAUAUGUUCAAAGGAUUUAUGAACGAGAAAAAUCGAUCUCGUCUUCACGUACACGGAAGCAACAUGGAGGCAUUGUAUAAAUACGUUCCAAAGCGUCUACUUCCGGAAGAAUACGGAGGUGAUGCUGGUUCCGUUCAAAGCAUAGCGGAAAAGUGGGCUAAGAAAAUCGAAAGCUAUCGAGAUUAUUUUGUGGAAGAUGAACAAUACGGCACGGACGAGAAAAAGAGACCUGGAAAGCCGAGAAGUGCCGAUAAUCUAUUUGGAAUUGAUGGUUCCUUCCGAAAACUGGAAGUAGACUGA